AUGGCUUCGUCAUCUUCCUCCGUGCCGGAGUUGGCUGCUGCCUUUCCUGAUGGCACUACCGACUUCAAGCCCAUGAGGAGCAGCAAGUCCUACGAUGCCAGCAAGCCGCACAUUUCCGAGACACCUAUGACCCUCAAGAACUGGCACAAGCACGUCAACUGGCUCAACACCACCUUCAUUGUGUUUGUGCCUCUGGCUGGUCUCAUAUCCACCUAUUGGAUCCCUCUACAGUGGAAGACGGCUGUCUGGGCUGUCAUCUACUACUUCAACACCGGCCUUGGAAUUACUGCUGGUUACCAUCGACUUUGGGCCCACAGCUGCUACAAGGCCUCGCUUCCUCUCAAAAUCUACCUUGCCGCUGUCGGCGCCGGUGCCGUCCAGGGCUCUAUCAGAUGGUGGUCCAAUGGUCACCGUGCACACCACCGUUACACCGAUACCGAGAAGGACCCCUACUCGGUCCGCAAGGGUCUCCUUUACUCGCACAUGGGAUGGAUGCUCAUGAAGCAGAACCCCAAGAAGCAGGGCCGCACCGACAUCACCGACUUGAACGAGGACCCGGUUGUCGUUUGGCAGCACCGCAACUUCCUCAAGUGUGUCAUCUUCAUGGCCCUCGUCUUCCCAACACUGGUGGCCGGUCUUGGAUGGGGUGACUACUGGGGAGGCUUCAUCUACGGAGGUAUCCUGCGUGUCUUCUUCGUUCAGCAGGCCACCUUCUGCGUCAACUCGCUUGCCCACUGGCUCGGUGACCAGCCUUUCGACGACCGCAACUCGCCUCGUGACCACGUCAUCACCGCCCUUGUCACGCUUGGAGAGGGAUAUCACAACUUCCACCACGAGUUCCCCUCAGACUACCGCAAUGCAAUUGAGUGGUGGCAGUAUGACCCCACCAAGUGGUGCAUUUGGAUCUGGAAGCAGCUUGGUCUCGCGCACAACCUGAAGCAGUUCCGCCAAAACGAGAUUGAGAAGGGGCGUGUCCAGCAGUUGCAGAAGAAGCUCGACCAGAAGCGCGCCAAGCUUGACUGGGGUAUUCCUCUGGAGCAGCUUCCCGUUGUUAGCUGGGAUGACUUCGUCGAGCAGUCUAAGAACGGAAAGGCUUGGAUUGCUGUUGCUGGCGUCAUUCACGAUGUCGGCGACUUCAUCAAGGACCACCCUGGUGGCAAGGCUCUCAUCACUUCGGCCAUUGGCAAGGACGCGACCGCCAUAUUCAACGGCGGUGUCUACAACCACUCCAACGCCGCCCACAACUUGCUCUCGACCAUGCGUGUGGGUGUUUUGCGUGGCGGCUGCGAGGUUGAGAUCUGGAAGCGUGCCCAGUCUGAAAACAAGGACGUUUCAACCGUCGUUGAUUCUACGGGCAACCGCAUUGUCCGCGCUGGCGGGCAAGCAACAAAGGUCGUCCAGCCGGUUCCGGGAGCCCAGGCUGCGUGA